AUGCCUCCAACUCCUAGAAUAGUCAGGAAUCUGGCUGAGGAGAUUAUCAAAGAUUACGUCAAUAAGAACUGGGCUAGUACUUUUGUUAGGAGGCACCGCGACGAGCUCAAAAGUGUCUAUUUACGUAAUAUAGACAAUCAGAGACGGAAGGCAGAGUAUCUGCCUUUAUUUGAGUUCUUUUUCAAGUUACUCUACGACAAAAUGGAAGAACAUAAUAUUACAGCGGACAACCUAUACAAUUGGGAUGAGAAGGGAUUUCUUAUUGGAGUUGGCAAGAUCUACCGUCGAAUUAUGACCAGGCAGGACUCAUGGACAGAUACUCUUAUAUCUGAGGAUAAAGCCUUUUUUGGAUCUUCAACUAAUAGGUGGAGUGAUAACUCCUUUGGGAUGGUAGAUGGCCACUCUAGCUACGUCAAUAUGGAGUUCCUGGAGUACUGUAUUCGGCACCGAAUUGUUGUAAUAGUACUACCUCCACAUACAACUCACAAGCUCCAGCUCCUUGACGUCAGUGUAUUUUCUCCACUUGGAACAGCGUAUAGGAUUUUCCUCAAUGAUAAAGUGAUAGGUUGUCUUGGGUUCAUGAGUAUGUCAAAAAGAGACUUCUGGGAGGUCUUUUAUAAGGCGUGGAUGAAGUCCUUUACCGAAUCGAAUAUGCAAGCUGCCUGGAAAGACACUAGUAUAUUUCCAUAUGACCCUGAGGUUGUUUUAGGCACUUUACGACGACUAGAUCAGGAGAAAGAAACCGAUCUUAAUCAGGAUCAGGAUCAGGAGCAGGAGCAGGAGUCCCUUGCCAAAGUGCUUAAAACACCAAAGUCGGCAAAGUCCUUUAGGAGGUUCCAGCACGAGUUUAAUAAGAACGCUUCUACCUACUUUAUUAAAAAGCUAUUUAAAGCUAAUCUUGAGCUAGCUGCUAGGGACUCAGUUAAUAACUAUAUGAUCUAUAGAUUAAUCGAGUCUUUAAAGAAUGAAAAGAGAAAGCGCUCACGUGGGAAAAGGCUUGAUUUGAGUGGUGUAGCAACUGGGGGAGCUCAAUUCUUUUCUACAGAGGAGAUCCUAGCUGCCAAGGCACGUGCCAGGGCCAAGGAGGAACAGGAACAAGCUGAACAAGCUGAAAAGGCAGAGAAUAAGAGGGCAAAAAAGGCUAGGCAGGUGGAGGAAGCUUUACAAAAAGAGAUAAGUCGAAAAGAGGCAAAAGAUGAGAGAGAGCGUAGGCGUACUGCUCAGGCUCAAGCCAAGGCAGUAAGUCAGGACUUCCAGCUCGGGUCCAGGGCUAAAAACACAGCUGAAAAGGCUCAAAAACCGGGAUCCAAGUCCUUGGAAGCUGCUAAAGCCCAGGAAGUAGUAGAAAAAGGUGGUGAUGUAAGCAUUGAGUCGAGUACAGAGAUAGGUAGGGUAGUUGACCUCCCUGUGCGACUUGGCCGCCACGGACGACAAAUCCGACUACUACAGCGAUUUGAUUAA